AUGCGUUCAGGUGAUUUGCUGGUAGAAGUCUGCUCCAAAAAGCAAGCCCAGCAAAUCAUAAAAUUAAAAGCUUUAGCAAAUAUUCCAGUCACAGUUAAUUCUCACACAUCACUUAAUUACUCAAAGGGUGUAAUCACUUGUGGAGAACUUUUUAACGUUCCUCUGGAGGAAAUAACUAUGGAAUUAAAGCCACAAGGAGUGACACAUGUACGCCAGAUUAAUAUUCGGCGGGAUGGACAACUCCUUCCCACUAAACAUUACAUCCUUACUUUUCACAGUCCCAAAUUGCCCGAAUUCUUAUAUGCAGGCUACAUAAAACUACCGGGCCAUGAUAGCCAGCAGUGUUGCGCACCAGAAAAAUGCGUAAACUGUGGGGGCAAUCAUACUUCAUAUUCUCGAAAUUGUGAACGCUGGCAGUUAGAAAAGCAAAUAACAUCAAUUAAAAUUAAAGAAAACCUAUCCUACCCUGAAGCUAGGAAAAAAGUUCUAGCUCAAACUCCCACAACCGGAUUAACAUACGCAUCCGUUGUGAAAAAACCCUUUUGUGCAAACUGUUCUUGCAGCAAUUGUGCUAAAUAUACUACCCAAAAUAAAACUACAGAUAAAUCUUCUGACUCUGAUACCGAUACUGUUGUAAAACCUACUACUCCCGAAAAUAUCAAACCAGUUAGGUCUAAAUCAAAUACAAAAUCCAAAAAUUCUUUAAAGCUAAAGCUUGCGAAACGUGGCCUUACCUCGACACAGUUGCAUUCAAAAAUGAAAUUAACAAAAACACAAAAUUCCGUCGCACUGGGACUUGCGACGAAGGGUAUCGUCCAAAAGGAUUUAACUUCCAUUUUUGGUGAUACAUUCAAAUGUCCCGAUACCAUCGCCCUCCAUCCUUCUGAAGGGGAUGAUGAAGAAUUAGACAUGAGUUGCGAUACUCCGUCAACUCAAACGACUAGUCUUAAACUUUCUCCUAUUACAAAAAUCUCUUAA